AGACAACAUUCGGCAGUUUUCGUCCAAGUGGAGGAGGAAAAAAGAAAAGCAAACAGACCGCUCUCUGACACGCCACGAGAAAGUAGCCGCGGUUUAAACACACACACACACACACACACACACACACACAUAGGCUGUGCGAGGAAAGUGAAGCUGUAGGGCGUCUCGGCAGAGAACAGGUGGUUUUAUCCGCGGUGAGUUCACACAGCAGCGCUGACACACAGCGCCGAGAGGGUACGGUCUCCUCCCAGCUUCCCCACGGACACGGCUCGGCUCCAGUCAGUCACCGGGAACCUGUUUGAUUUGACUCCACGCUGCACCGGGCAGUGUUGUACUUAUCAAGAUGUCUUCUAAAGCUCCGAGUGCCAAUAACCUGAACCAGGCCCGGCAGACCGUACAGCAGCUGAGACUAGAGGCGAGAAUUGAGAGGAUAAAGAUUUCCCAAGCCUCCGCGGACAUUGUGAAGUACUGCAACCAGCAUCAGAAAUCCGACCCCCUCAUCAUGGGCAUCCCUGCUUCAGAAAACCCCUUCAAGGAGAAGAAACCCUGCACUGUAUUGUAGUGGAAGCCCUCUAGCCUUGUCUAUUUUUCUUCUGCUUAUCAAUGUUGCUGUAUUGUUCAUUUUGGGAGGGGUGAGAGAGGAUCUGUGAUCAUAUCAUUAGGUGUUUUAACAGUCGGUGUAGAAUGCCGUGCAGUGACUCCCGUUUGCGGGAUUUUGACCAAAACUACUGACCUGCUACUGUUCAGGGUGAACUUCAACCGCUUCAGAAAUCUUUGUCUGCGUGGGUUUGAUUGCAUCUUAAAGUCACAAAUUUAUUUUCUAAUUCUUCUACCAGUUAAAGCAGCAUUCAGUGAUGGGUUUGCUCUUUCAGUGUUUAUCCAAUUGUGUCUCCAGUGGGCAGUGACUGUUAUUUGCCUCUCUGGUUUGCCUUAAAUGAACGCCAACAACCAAAGUCUCCCAGCUGGCCUUUUCUAUAAAAGCCUUUUUUUCACAUGAUUGAGAGCCACUGCAGCAGUUUUUCACAUGGAAGUGCAGCUUGUGCCACUGAAUUAUUGGGAUCAAAAUUUCCAAAUGUUGCCAUGAUGUAUUUUAUUGAGAAAGAAGCAGGUAGUAUUAAAUCAAAGUACAUGAAAACAGUAGUAUCAUACAGCCAGUCACAUGUCCAACUGACUAAUGACAAUCCACAUUCCAUUGAAUAUCCUGUUAGCAUUUUUGUUAGUUUGAUAAAUUUUACAUCGUCUUUAAAUCAUUUAAUAAAAAAAAUUGAGGCAGAUAUAUUCUCCAUGUUGAAUGCAUUUUAAAUCCAUUCAUCUUGCCAUGUUUUUGGGGAAAGUCUCCUGCUUAUGAAAACACUGAAUUAAUCUCAAAUUAACAAUUUUUUAAACUCUGGAACUAUGGGGAUUUUUUUUUUAUCCCCAUUGGAUUCUACCUCCAAUGUGAACUAACCCUUUGUGUUGAAACCGGAACUACUGUAGUCAUAACCUCCUUUAUGGGUAGAGAUGCCAGUUUCCAAUUAAAACGUCUGAUUUGCAGCCUCUUUUUAAAAACUAUAAUUGAAAAAAUAAAAUAAAAAGUAUACACACAAACAGAUUCCACUCACCAACACUCGGAUGUCAGAUGGGAAAUUUCCCAAAAUCUCGAGACCAAAUGGGAGUUCAGUGCAAACAAACAUGACCAACUGGGAAGAAGAAAUGACGUUUUGUGGAAUAUAUUUAACGAAGAUGUUUGCCGUGUCCACCAGACUUUCUGGGGAGAAAAGAUACCAGACUUUCUGGUUUCCAGUCAAAUUGGAAAUCUGGCUCAUCUGUUGGUGCAUCUAUGUAUCUAUGCGCACACACACACACACACACACACACACACACACACACACACACACACACACACACACACACACACACACACACACACACACACACACACACACACACACACACACACACACACACACACUCUGGCUGAACAAAACUCAGCAAAUGUUGCAAACCACUGUGAGCUCCACCUAUCAACUCACAGCAAAUAACUCCAGUAACAUCAGAACUUUGAAUGGUUGUACGAGGAGGUGAGAAAAGCUUUUACAUUUAUUCUACCAGAUCUGUUAUUGGUUGGGGUGGAGGUGGGGGGCUUUGGAGGUGGAGGGAGUUCAACAUGCCUUAUCUGCUGUGGUAAAUGUAAAUAGUAGGAAUAAAAUCAGCCUUUCAUGUUUGCCUCUUAUGAAAAAUCAUUUUACGUGUUGUAUUUCCUUUAAAAAGAUUUUAAAAAAGAAAAUCUUUCAUCUUUUCUUGUUGCCUUCUCCCUACGGACACCUGAUGCUGAUCCACUGUGGUCUCCUCUACAUCUGUUUUUCUUACUUGCAGUCCAUCGGCUCAGGAUGUCGCUGUCGAUGAUGAUUUGGGAACAAAAGCUUAAGAGCACAACCGCCAUGUGUUGCUAUGUUUUCAUUCAAUCUGUAACUCUUGUUGUUCCAUUGAGAUUAAUUUAACUGUGACCAAAUGCUUUUUUUCUGUUGGAUAAAUGUGUUUAUUAAUUUACCAACAUUGGUAUGGCGAUUUGAUGAAGCUCAAUAAAGUGAAACAUUCCUACAAG